CGUGUGCUUCAUAUACAUUAGUGCGUAUCGCCGAUUUGGUUGGGCGGUACGGUGUCUUGGUUUUCUCAUUUUUGGCACGUGCCGUUUUAUUUCACACUCCUGUUAACAAUGUUUCGCAAAGAGGAGCGUAAAAAGGAGUAUAAGAAGAUCUUCGAGGACUCUCGCCGCAAGCGUGAGGACUUGCAGGCUCAGAUUCGUAAGCAGACACGUGACCGUCAUUUUCAACGUCACCGUGGCGGUGGGUUAGAUGACAAUGACGCGUCUAUGCAACCUGAUAUGGAUGCUAUGAUUGAUAAUACUGUCCCUUCAUCCUUCCCCGAUGGUCGUGAAGGCGACUCUGAGAUUCUGAUGAAUGCUUCUAAUUGGACUCCUGAGGCUCUUAAACCCUAUGUUACUGGUAUACGUACAAAUGACUAUCAGACCCAGUUGUCGUGCACAAAGCAUUUUCGCAAGCUGCUAUCACUUGAAGUUGAUCCUCCUAUCGAGCAGAUUGUGAAUACUGGUGUCGUCCCAGUUUUCAUUGAAUUUUUGGGUCGUUUUGAUGCACCUGAAUUGCAGUUUGAGGCUGCGUGGGCCAUCACCAAUGUUGCAUCUGGUAACCAACAGCAGACUAAGGUUGCCACUGACAACGGUGCCGUGCCUAAGCUCAUCGCUUUGCUUGAUUCUCCUAAGGAAGAGGUUCGUGAACAGGCUGUUUGGGCAUUGGGUAACAUCGCAGGUGACUCUCCCGAGUGCCGUGACUUGGUGUUAGGUUUGGGAGCACUUAAGCCACUGCUUUAUCUUUUGGUCCAUUCCGAGAAGGACAGUGUUAUUCGUAACGCUACGUGGACAGUAUCUAACUUAUGUCGUGGUAAGCCCAAGCCUGUUUUCCACGACGUUUUGCCUGCUGUUCCUUAUUUAUCAAAACUAUUGGAGCACACCGACACUGAGGUCCUAACUGACGCUUGCUGGGCACUGUCAUACAUAUCAGACGGCAAUGAGGAGCAUAUACAAGCCGUUUUGGAUGCUGGUGCCUGUGGCCGUUUAGUACAGUUACUAGAACACCCUCAGCCUGUGAUUCAGACGCCUGCUCUUAGGACAGUUGGUAACAUUGCAACUGGCAACGACCGUCAGACUCAAAUGAUUGUUGACUGUGGAUGCAUUCCAAUUCUGUACAAGCUGCUAUAUUCAGAUAAGAAGACAAUUAAAAAGGAGGCUUGUUGGACGUUGUCUAACAUUGCUGCCGGUACUCGUGACCAGGUUGAGGCCUUUUUGCAAUCUGACACUGUUGAGAAGCUCCUUGAGAUGAUGACAUGUAACGAUUUUGAUAUUAAGCGUGAGGCUAGUUGGGCUAUUUGCAAUGCCGCUUCGGGUGGUGAUUCUAAACAAGCUGAGAAUAUGGCAUCUCGUGGUUGUCUUCGUUACAUUUGCGGCAUUCUUUCUACUACUGAUACCAAGUUGAUUGGUGUAGCUCUCCGCGCUAUGGAAAACAUUUUACAGGUGGGACACCAAUUGAUGGAAUUGAACGCUUUAUCCGGUAAUCCGUAUGUGUCUGCUGUUGAGGAGUGUGACGGUGUGCGUUCUUUGGAGCUGCUUCAGAAUAGCAAGGUCACUGUGAUUUAUCGUAAGGCUCGUGAAAUUAUGCAGCGUUACUUCCCUUAUGACUACGACUUAGAUGAAGAUGCUGAGGACGCAUCUAUGAACGAGAAUUUCCAAGGUGUGAUUCCCAGUGGCGGUUUCCAAUUUUAACAUGUCUAUUCGCCCAUUUGACUUUAUAUCAAUAACAUCAUGUAAAAGCU